AAUGAGCAUGCUGAGCAAGGACCAUGCCAUCCAGACGCUAAUGCACAUGCUCCAGAUGAUCGUCAGUUACCUGCUCAUGUUGAUUUUCAUGACCUACAAUGUGUGGCUUUGUUUGGCCUGCGUUUUAGGGGCAGGCCUCGGCUACUUCCUCUUUGGUUGGCGUAAAUCUGUCGUCGUAGACAUCACUGAGCAUUGUCAUUAGGGUUCAGUGUUUGAGCUUGCACUGGGAAGGGAGAAAAGCAGGCCUAGCCUUAUAACUUGAGUUGUGGAAAUUUUAAUCAGAAAUAGAAGUAUAAUUAGAUUCUGCUGGGGAUGGCAUAUAAAUAUGUCAUGCUCAUGAUGAGUUUAGUUUUUUCAUUAUCUUCACACAGAUGGCUCUACAAGGUCUUAGUCACCAAUUAGCCAAUUACUUGUAUUACCUUCAUCAGUUGAGGUCAUGAGGUCUCCUAAUUGACUCCUUGGUGGCUGAACACUUUUGGAGCCAUGUCUGUGUAGAGUCAUUUCACAAAAUACUACAGUCAACACUACAUUUUCCUGGCGGCACUGGGUCAAUAUUGUUAUCAUCAUUCUUGUGAUGCGUUGUGAUUGGGUCUCCCUGUCAUGAGGGAUGCCUCUGAUGCUACAGCAAAGUUGUGCUUACUUUCAAAGGUGCAGUUUUAAGGGGGGAUAUUUUUUCACAUCAACAACUGGUUUUUAAUUCCAAGCUGGUGUAUAUAUUUUAGAGAUAACUUUCACAAUUUCUCUCCCUCUCACUCUGUGACUUCCUCUCUCUUGCAUUUUUUCAUUCCAUCAUCCCCUUUUGCAUUUCACCAUUUUUUGUUCAUCUCAAACAAGAAAGAAAAUAUCGUCAUAUCUUUGUACACUGAGAUGAAGUUUACUUAUAUUUUCCUUUGAAGAAAACUUCCAUUUUAUAGAGUUGAAAUAUUUAAAACUUUUAGUAGUAUUGCCAACAUAUACUUUUGUCAUGUUCUUAACAUAUUCUUUUUAAACUUCACAAUGUAAAGACAGUUAUUUAGAUUUUCUUCUAUGCAGUAGGGAUUAUUUUCAAGUCUACAUUAUUUUAAUAUGUUAUUAUUACUGUUAUAUUGAUUGCUAUAUUUUUUAUCUUCAGUAUUGUUGUUAUUUUUAAACAAGUGUGUACUUACUACUUCAUUCACCUUUCCAAAAAAGAAAAAAAUCCCUCAUGCCUUAUAGGAAUUAUUGUUAUAUAUAAAAAAAAAAUGUUAUUGAAAGAUUCACAACACUGUAAGGAAGAAAAACUUUGCCUCCAUGGUAUUGCCUUUAUAUCACUGACUGUUUAAGUUGACGUACAAGACUAUGACAAUGAUGAUAAAGGAGUAAAUACAACAGAGCCAAUAUUACGUAUUAUCUACUAAUUAUUUGCAUAUUGUGGCAUUGGUAGUCAGUUAUGUGUUGAUUAUACUUGACAUUUGAUUUUAUUAGAAUUAUUAUUAGUUUGUUUAUUAUUUUUUAUUUUUUUAUUUUUUUUUUUUUCAAAAUAUAGCAUUUCAUGGUUUCAUAAUAUACAUACACUUUAGACAGAUGUCUUGUUAUAUCUUUUCACAAAGUAUGUGUGAUUCACAACUUGUAAAGGUGAAGAUUUUAAUUGUACAAUAUUUUUUGAAAGGUUUAUUAUAUGAAUAGAUAUAUCUACAUAUUUUUUCAGUUGAUCAGAAAUGCAAAGGAAAUGCCAAGUUGAAAGAAUGAGAAAAUUAUAUAAUUACAAAAGAAGAUAAGUGAAUUAGCAUUGUCGUUAUUAUAUAUUGAUUAUUAUAACUGUUAAUUUGAAGAGAAAAUGAGUUGUAAAAAGGGAAUAUAUUCUUUUGACGCAUUUCCUUGCAAAAUGGUCUUGUUUCUACAGGAGACAAGUAAAUGGUUUAGAUGUUAUUUUUGGGUAUAAUUGAUCAUUAAAUCCAAACAGAUGUAUGAAGACCUCAUUAACCCCAAAGGAGUGAUAAUAAUGAAACACUAUAUUUUUGUACAUAUCUUGUGAUUAUGGUGCUGACAGCUGUAUAAGUGGGUCUGAUGUAUACCACUGAAAGUUCUCUAUUACGCCACACACAUUUCUUGGUAGAUUAUGCCUUUAUAUCCAACACACACACACACAAAAAAAAAUAUGCUGAUGUGCACCAUAUACUCUUUUACUAUUUAUACACACAUGCAUGAUGAAGCUAAAGAGUAAUUCUAUAAAAAUGGCAACAUACCCUACAUACUGACAGAGACAAAGAUCUUAAAUAAGAUUGAGAAACUAUUAUAAGGACAGUCAUUAUGCUAUGAAAAGGGUGCAAAAAGGUCCAUAUUGUAAAUUGGAUAGAGAGCUUUCAGGAUAUUUGCAAAAAACAAAAACAAAAGUAGUAAAAACUAAAUACAAAUUCUAAAAAUGUGUUAAGGGUAGUUUGUACUGAUUCAAUUUCAUAAAUCAAACAAGAAAUAUCUUAAGAAAGAAACAAGAAAUACUUAGGUUUUAUAGAAGAAUCUUAUAGAAAUAAUUAUGUAAAGCACACUGCACCAGUAGACAUUUUAAGCCAUUGGAAAGUAAUAUGAAAUUGUUUUUGCUGCUCUGUUACUUAGUUCACUUGCUGUUGUAGAAAUUUACUAGAGUUACUCAUAUCUCAGAGUAUAUUAUAUCCACUGCAUAGCAUUACCAAUGGCAUCAUUGUAUAUAAUAAGCUAACAUAGUAUUAUGAUGCCAUGAUUUGUAAAUAUUCUAAAUGAAGUGUAGAUAUAUAUAUGCAACUUUUUAUUUGGGGGGAUAUUGUAGAAAAUCAUAUUUGCAUAUGCUUUUAUGGUAUGCCUGCUCUUUCACUGAACAUAGAAAGUUGUUUCAAGUCAAAUGUAUGUGUGGUGGGAUCAACCAGGUAUUGUGAAAUGGAAAAAUUAUUCUCUUAAAGAUGAAUUUGGAGAGAGCAGUGUGGCAUCGUAGCAAAAUUAAAUUUUCCUGCAUCAGAUUACUCCAUAUUUGGAUUUUUUUUCAAUAAACUUGGAGCUGA